ACACGUCUGUUUUUCUUUCACACUAAUUGCUCGGAUCAAAAUCUCUCUUUGUCCUGUUACAAUUUCAAGUAGAGAUGGAUCAAUCUACGACUAUGACAAGGGAAAAGGUUAGAAACUACAUACACGAUGAUCUUACAUUUUCCAUUCUAUCAAAAUUGCCCCUAAAAUCUCUUAAGCGAUUUGGAUGUGCUUGUAAAUCAUGGUCUCUUUUAUUUGAAAACAAUAAUUUCAUGAGUAUUUUUCGCAACAAUUUCAUAUCCAAUCAUCAUUCUUGCUAUGAAGAUACAUCUCUUCUUCUACCAAUUGGUGAUAAAGUUUUUCAUUCACCUUAUAGCGAUAGAUUUGAGAAUAUGGUCGAAUUAGAUCUUCCAAAUUCAUUUCUAGAGGAGAAUCCUCAUUUUGGUAUUUUAGAUUCUGGUAGUAUUACUGGAAUUCUUUGCCUUUACUCACUCAAUAAUGAUAGAAUUGUAUUUUGGAACCCAACAACAAAAGAAUUCAAAGUCAUUCCUCCAAGUCCUCUCGAGUCUGUACCACCUUAUCAGCAAUUUCUCAUUUUUCUUCAUGGGUUUGGCUAUGACCAUGUUAGAGAUGAUUAUAAAUUGCCGCAUGAAGAUAUAUUACAUGUAUCCUUUUAUGAGACAUACAGUCUUAGAAGUAACUCUUGGAAAAAACUUGAUACAUGGCAUGAUUCUUCUGUGCGGGGAAGUUACUUAGGUGAGCGACUUUACUUGGAUGGAAAGUGUAAUUGGUGGGACUAUAUAGAUAGUGACCUUCCAAAUGUUAAAUCAGCCUUGGCGUCAUUUGAUUUGGCCAAUGAAGUGUUCUUUACAACACUUAUACCCUUAGACGUGCCUAUAGAUUUGGCUGAUGAAUAUAUGUUUUAUCAUCACUUGGUGGAGUUAUGUGGUUUUAUUGCUUUGAUCACAUGGAUUAUUGGUACAUCUACUUUUGACAUAUCAAUUUUAUAUGAAGUUGGUGUGAAAGAAUCAUGGACUAAACUUUUUAUUGUUGGACCAUUGUCUUGCAUUGAGCGUCCUAUCGGAACAGGAAAAAAGGGUGGUAUAUUUUUUACAAAAGAAGAUGGUGAAAUAUUUCUGUUUAACUUGAGCACGCAGAAGAUUGAGGAGCUUGGCAUUCAAGGAAUUUAUUCUCAUGUGUUAUUUUAUAGGAAAAAUUUUCUUUCAUUUGGAGGAUAAAUCAUUAAUUUACAAUCUUUAUUUUUGUUUGGGAUGAUGGAUCAACAUCUUAUUUGAUUUGAUGUUGAAAUAACUUAUAUCCAGGCAACUAUAAGAAAAAUCAUUACAUUCUGCUGAAGAGAUUUAUGCCUCUUGUGUUUUUUUUUUUCUUUGUCAAGAUGCCUCUAUGUUUAAUUGUGUGCUUUAAUUUUUUUUCUUUCAUAUUCCAAAUCAUUAAUUAACAUGUGUUUAAAGCUUGAUGGCCCAGUAAUAUACCUUAUCAAUUUCUAAUUUAUU